GCCACCCCCCAUGGCGCCCCAGACCCCCGCCGCGCCGGGCCACUAGGACCCUCAGCGUCCUCUUCCCUCCCCCCGCCCUGCCCCGUCUCCCGCGGCGCGAACCCGGGUGUCCACGGCGCCCAGCUUUUCGGCGCGCGUCCCCAGGCCGGCGGGGGGGGAGGGGACGAGAGGGGACCCCAGGAACCCCGCCCCCCCCACCCGGCCGCCCCGUGCCCCAGCACCCCGAGAAAAAUGUCUUCGCGGACAGCGCUGGCCCCGGGCAACGAUCGGAACUCGGACACGCAUGGCACCCUGGGCAGUGGCCGCUCCUCGGACAAAGGGCCCUCCUGGUCUAGCCGCUCCCUGGGCGCCCGCUGCCGCAACUCCAUCGCCUCCUGCCCCGAGGAACAGCCCCACGUGGGCAACUACCGCCUGCUGAGGACCAUCGGGAAAGGCAACUUCGCCAAAGUGAAGCUGGCGCGGCACAUCCUCACGGGCCGGGAGGUUGCCAUCAAGAUCAUCGACAAAACCCAGCUGAACCCAAGCAGCCUGCAGAAGCUCUUCCGAGAGGUCCGCAUCAUGAAGGGCCUGAACCACCCCAACAUCGUGAAGCUCUUCGAGGUGAUCGAGACCGAGAAGACGCUGUACCUGGUGAUGGAGUACGCCAGUGCCGGAGAAGUAUUCGACUACCUCGUGUCCCAUGGCCGCAUGAAGGAGAAGGAAGCGCGGGCCAAGUUCCGACAGAUCGUUUCGGCUGUGCACUACUGUCACCAGAAGAACAUUGUACACCGGGACCUGAAGGCCGAGAACCUCUUGCUGGACGCUGAGGCCAACAUCAAGAUCGCCGACUUCGGCUUCAGCAAUGAGUUCACGCUGGGCUCCAAGUUGGACACGUUCUGUGGGAGCCCCCCGUACGCCGCCCCAGAGCUCUUCCAGGGCAAGAAGUACGAUGGGCCAGAGGUGGACAUCUGGAGUCUGGGGGUCAUCCUGUACACCCUCGUCAGCGGCUCGCUGCCCUUCGACGGCCACAACCUCAAGGAGCUGCGUGAACGAGUGCUCAGAGGGAAGUACCGAGUCCCCUUCUACAUGUCCACGGACUGUGAGAGCAUCCUGCGGAGGUUCCUGGUGCUGAACCCUGCCAAACGCUGUACACUGGAGCAAAUCAUGAAAGACAAGUGGAUCAACAUCGGCUACGAGGGCGAGGAGCUGAAGCCAUACACGGAGCCGGAGGAAGACUUUGGGGACACCAAGAGAAUCGAGGUGAUGGUGGGUAUGGGAUAUACCCGGGAAGAAAUCAAAGAAGCCUUGACCAGCCAGAAAUACAAUGAAGUGACUGCCACCUACCUCCUGCUGGGCAGGAAGACUGAGGAGGGUGGGGACCGGGGCGCCCCGGGGCUGGCCCUGGCACGGGUGCGGGCGCCCAGCGACACCACCAACGGGACGAGUUCUAGCAAAGGCACCAGCCACAGCAAAGGGCAGCGGAGUUCCUCGUCCACCUACCACCGCCAGCGCAGACAUAGUGAUUUCUGCGGCCCCUCCCCGACGCCCUUACAUCCCAAGCGCAGCCCAACCAGCACGGGCGACACGGAGCUGAAGGAGGAGCGCCUGCCAGGCCGGAAGGCCAGCUGCAGCGCCGCAGGAAGUGGGAGCCGAGGGCUGCCCCCCUCCAGCCCCAUGGUCAGCAGCGCCCACAACCCCAACAAGGCUGAGAUCCCAGAGCGGAGGAAGGACAGUGCGAGCACCCCAAACAAUCUUCCCCCCAGCAUGAUGACCCGCAGAAACACUUACGUUUGCACAGAACGCCCAGGGUCCGAGCGCCCGUCACUGUUGCCCAAUGGCAAAGAAAACAGCUCGGGGACCCCCCGGGUGCCGCCCGCCUCCCCCUCCAGUCAUAGCCUGGCUCCCGCCUCGGGGGAGCGGAGCCGCCUGGCUCGCGGCUCCACCAUCCGCAGCACCUUCCACGGCGGCCAGGUCCGGGACCGACGCACCGGGAGUGGGGGCAGCGGGGGCGUGCAGAACGGGCCCCCCGCCUCUCCCACGCUGGCCCAUGAGGCCACACCCCUGCCCACCGGGCGACCCCGUCCCACCACCAACCUCUUCACCAAGCUGACCUCCAAACUGACCCGAAGGGUCACAGACGAACCUGAGAGAAUCGGGGGACCUGAGGUCACAAGUUGCCAUCUACCUUGGGAUCAAGCGGAAACCGCCCCCCGGCUGCUCCGAUUCCCCUGGAGUGUGAAGCUGACCAGCUCGCGCCCUCCCGAGGCCCUGAUGGCCGCGCUGCGCCAGGCCACGGCGGCCGCCCGCUGCCGCUGCCGCCAGCCCCAGCCGUUCCUGCUGGCCUGCCUGCACGGGGGUGCGGGCGGGCCCGAGCCCCUGUCCCACUUCGAAGUGGAGGUCUGCCAGCUGCCCCGGCCCGGCCUGCGGGGGGUCCUCUUCCGCCGCGUGGCCGGCACCGCCCUGGCCUUCCGCACCCUCGUCACCCGCAUCUCCAACGACCUCGAGCUCUGAGCCGCCACGGUUCCCCCCGGGCCUUGCUCGGCCUCAUUCUUGACCCCUUUGCUUCCCCUGGAGGGAAAGGGGCCAGGGAGCGGAUUCAGAUUCCCGUGUCCUGCAGCCUGGCCCUGCGCUCAGGACAGGGACAGACCAAGGUCCCGCGACUGUCCAGCCGCCGGGCAAGAGGGAAGAGAGAGGGGGACUUCGCAAGAGGAAUUGGCGCCUUCCGGCCAGCAGAGCCUCCAGCUGACCUGUCCUCCCUCGCCCUGCCAUGGGGCACUCGAGGAGACUUUGGGGGCAGAAAGGGAAACUGAGGAAACUUCCGUUCCUACCCCACAGCUCAAGAAUUAGGCCUUGGGCGGGGCAGAAAGUUGCUGAGCCUAAAGACUGGGGGAUUGGGGGGUGUGGGGGGUCCUUGGAGUGGGAGGUCCCAGAGGCAGAUUCCUUCCCCUCUGUCUCCCCCAUGCUCGAGCCCCCCUCCUUCCUGCCCUAGGUGGCGCAGGGCAAUUUGUACAAACCCUUGUAAAUACCCCCACUCCCUCACUCUGCAAAAAUAUCCGGGGGAGCUACCACAGUCACCUCCGGUUUUUAAGUUAUUAUUCCCCUCGUCCCCCAUCAGCCCCCUCACCUGCAGCCUGUUGCCCAAUAAAAUUAGGAGCAUCCCCUGCCCCCCACACUGACCCUGGGUUUUCCGGGGUUUCCGUCCCCUCUCACCAUCAAGAUGAAGAGAAGGGGAUGUGGCUCCUCGGGGGGCAGGGGGGAUUUCCUGGCCAAGACUCAGUUUCCUCAUCUGCAGAAUGGCAAUUGUGGGGUGGGAGAUGAGGCUUGAGGGCAACUGCAGAAGAGGUAAAGCUGCCAAGAGGCCCCCAGUCACUGUUCGUCGCCCCUCUCCCCCCAGUCACUCCACUCAGCACCCUGAGCACUCGUUAGACUGGACUCUAAGCCACUCCACACUCCAGUAGUACAUUUACUCAAUAAACAGUCAUUGACCCGA